AUGUGUCGAAUGUCAACAUACAUGUUAUCUACUCAUCGUCGAUAUUUAGCUACGGAUAAAAAUGAUAAUAAAACAACAGAAUCUAAAACUGAAAUAGGCCCAUCGGCACCUGAAAUUGAAAUAAAUAAUCUUACUGGUGAUCAUCAACAUGUUGUUGAAAUUGCUUUUAAUCGACCUGCAAGACGUAAUGCUCUUGGUAAACAAUUACUUAUUCAAUUGGAUGCAACAAUAGAUAGUUUAAACGCUGAUAAUACAAUUCGAUGUAUUCUUUUUCGUAGUUUGGUUCCAAAUGUAUUUUGUGCUGGUGCUGAUCUAAAAGAACGAUUAGAAAUGCCUCAAGAAGAAGUAGGACCAUUUGUAUCAAAAAUUAAAGAAAUAUUCUCUAAAAUAUUUGGUUUACCUGUACCAACAAUCGCAGCACUUGAUGGUUUGGCACUUGGUGGUGGACUGGAAUUAGCUUUAGCAUGUGAUAUUCGUAUAGCCGCACAAACAGCAAAACUUGGUUUAACAGAAACAAAACUUGGUAUUAUUCCUGGUGCUGGUGGUACUCAACGUUUACCUCGAAUAAUUGGUCCACCAAAAGCUAAAGAACUUAUUUAUACUGGACGAAUUUUAAAUGGUCAACAAGCAUAUGAAAUUCGUUUAGUUAAUGAAGUUGUUAAACAAAAUGAACAAUUAAAUGCAGCAUAUCAACGUUCACUUGAAAUAGCACAAGAAAUUGUUCAACAGGGACCAUUAGCUGUUCGUAUGGCAAAACAAGCUAUAAAUAAAGGUCUUGAAGUUGAUCUUCAAACAGGUCUUGAAGUUGAAGAAGGUUGUUAUGAUACUGUAUUAACAUCUGAAGAUCGUAUUGAAGAUAUGGUUGGUUAUGAUCCAGAGAAAAAAAAUUUAACAAGUAGUCAAAUUUUAAUUGCUAGUACGACAGCAAGUUUUACUUCACGUUUUCUUUUACAACCAAUUGAUGUUAUUAAAAUUCGCUUUCAACUGCAAAUUGAACCUAUUCGAAAUUUAACAAAUUCAAAAUAUCGUACUCUAUUUCAAAGUAUUCGUUUAAUUCAUUAUGAAGAAGGUUUACGAGCUUUUUGGAAAGGUCAUAUUGCAGCACAAGUUCUUUCAAUGACAUUCAAUUCUGCUCAAAUGUAUGCAUUUGAAAAAGUUACUAAACAAUUAGGAGAAAUUUUUCCUAUUACAACAUCUUCACCAACAGCUAAAACAAUAACACAUUUUGUUAUAGGAUCACUUGCUGCUAGUAUAGCUGUAAUUAGUUGUCAACCAACAGAUGUUUUACGAACAAGAUUUGUUGGACAAGGUGAACCAAAGAUCUAUCACUCAUAUAUUCAAGCAAUAAGUCUUAUUUGGACUCGAGAAGGUUACCAUGGAUUUUAUCGUGGUUUAAUUCCAGCUAUUAUUCUUUAUGCACCUGUUUCAGCACUUACAUUUGGAUUUUAUGAAUUAUUUAAUCGAGCAUGGGAUCAUUUACCAAUUAGAAAAUUUGAUUCUAUAAAACAUGGAUUUAAUGGUGGUAUAGCUGGUGUCUUAGCUAAAUUUGUUGUUUAUCCAUUUGAUUUAGCAAAAAAACGACUUGAAGUUGUAAAAUUUGAAGAAGCUCGAUCUAAAUUUGGACAAACACGUGCAUAUUCUGGUCUGAUAAAUUGUUUAUCUGAAACAAUUCGACAUGAAGGUUUUACUGGAUUAUAUAAAGGUAUGACACCAAGUCUUAUUAAAGCUUAUUUAUCAACAGCUAUUACUUUGGGUAUUUAUGAUUCGAUUUGUAAUCGUUUUCGCCAAAUAUCGUCUGAUUAA